GCCCCGCGCCCGCCGGGAUGAAGGCAGCCCAGACCCCCGCAGAGGACGCGCCGUCCGUCAAGGUGGUCGUGGUGGGCGACGGCGGCUGCGGGAAGACGUCUCUGCUGCUGGUCUUCACCCAGGGCAACUUCCCCGAGAGAUACACACCCACCGUGUUUGAGAGGUACGCUGUCGAUCUGCAAAUGAAGGGCAAACCUGUAUGCCUCCAAAUCUGGGAUACAGCAGGACAAGAUGACUAUGACCGCCUGCGGCCCCUCUUCUACUCCGACGCCAACGUCCUCCUGCUCUGCUUCGACGUCACCAGCCCCAGCAGCUUUGAGAACGUCUUUAACCGGUGGUAUCCAGAGGUGACUCACUUCUGCAAGGGUGUGCCCAUUAUCGUAGUGGGCUGCAAGACUGACCUUCGGAAGGACAAGGUGCUGGUGAACAAGCUGCGGAAAGAUAGGUUGGAGCCCGUGACCUACCACAGGGGCCAAGACAUGGCGAGGUCUGUAGGUGCGGUGGCCUACUUCGAGUGCUCAGCUCGCCUCCACGACAAUGUCCACGCCAUCUUCCAGGAGGCAGCCGAGGUGGCUCUGAGCAGCCGCAGUCGCAACUUGUGGAGACGCAUUACCCAGAGCUUCUGCGUGGUGACCUGAGCAGCCCUCCCCGGCCUGGACUGCCCUGACUGCUCAAGAAGGAGCCUGGUGCUGACUCUCUGCCAACUAGGCUGGGCUGGACCCAGGCACCAGGCCAGACUUCCACAGAUGAGCACCGCUGAGACCUGGGUCCCCGGGACUGGGAACUGAGAAAAGGGGUUUCCCAGGAGCUCCCAGCCCUGGAACCAUUAGCAGUCCCAGCAAUCUAUACCAUUAUCCUGAGUGGCCUGUGCAGCUUGGACUGGCGCCCCCUGGUGGCUGCUCCCAGGGUUGCACCUGCAAGUUCUGCCGGAACCCACACUCUACCUCUUCCCCUCCUCCCUGUCGCCCCCCCCAACACACACCAUAAGUGUAACACUAAAAUGACGUCACUUGUCA